AUGGCAUCACCGCUGACCACACCGCUCACCACCUUCUUGGGUGUUAAGCAUCCGAUCAUGUUAGCCGGCAUGGACCAGGUCGCUGGCCCAAAGCUCGCCGCAGCUGUCACAAAUGCAGGCGGUUUCGGCACAGUCGGUGGCGCUCGAUAUACGCCAGCAAUGCUAAAGGAGAUGCUCACCGAGCUCAAAGAAGAAUUGAACGACAAGAACGCACCCUUCGGCGUGGACCUGCUGCUUCCACAAGUCGGCGGCUCUGCUCGCAAGACGAACUACGACUACACCAAAGGCCACCUCGAUGAACUGCUGCAGAUCGUCAUUGACAGCGGCGCGAAGCUCUUCGUGUCUGCGGUCGGUGUGCUGCCGAAGUCUGCAGUUGACAUGCUGCACAAGGCCAAUAUCCUUGUCAUGAACAUGAUAGGCCACCCGAAGCAUGUGCACAAAGCUUGUCAGGCUGGCGUCGACAUCAUCUGUGCCCAAGGCGGUGAAGCUGGUGGCCACACCGGUGACAUUGCGAGCAUGGUUCUGAUUCCAGCAUGUGCAGAUAUCUGCAAACAGUAUACUUCUCCGUUGACUGGCAAGCCAGUCACUCUUGUAGCUGGUGGUGGUAUCAACGACGGCAGGAGCGUCGCAGCUGCACUGGCGCUUGGAGCGAGUGGUGUUUGGGUCGGAACCAGAUUCAUCCCUUCUGUAGAAUCGAAAGCGCCGGACAACUGGAAGAAACAAGUCAUCGAAGCUGGAUAUGACUCCGUGCUCAAGCUGACGAUUUGGACCGGACGCCCUCUUCGAGCGCUUCGCAACCCCUAUCUUGACCAUUGGAACAAGUACCGGCAGGCUGAGAUCGAAGAGCUCACCUCGAAAGGCAUACUGCCGCUUGAACAUGAGCUUGACAAACUGUACAAAGAUGGCAGCCUCACGGACGAAAUUCAGGAACAGGUCGCUUUGAGACCUGCCGGCGUUGUGGUUGGUUCUGUCAACAAGCCCAACCAAACUGCGGCCGAGAUAGUGAAAGAGCUUGUCACAGAGGCCGUUGAAUCCCUCUCGAAGUCUAGCCGUUUUGUCAGUAGUACCAGCGCAAAGCUCUAA